AUGGAAAUCGUCAAAGCCGCCACACCAGACGAAACUGCUUUCGACCCCUCCGAGCCAUACUACGAUCCAAAGUCGUCAAGGGAUAACCCGAAGUGGUUUCUUGUGCACGUGGAGUUCAGGCGAAAACUGGAGCGGCAGAUUGGACUUGCCGAGCUGAAGACAUACACCCAAGGUGAGCUGUCAGAGAUGCCGCUGCUCAAGAUGAGCCGUCUGAGCGUGUCACCUGUCCCGAAAGCUUGCUGGGAUUUUAUCAUUUCCCUGGAGAAAUCGCCAUGA